CACUCAGCCCUCCAAGUCCCUAUCUGUCGCACUCUGCACCUUCUGYACCAAAGACUCACCUUUCUUCUCGUCGGGGAACUUGCACUCUCUCAUGGAGGGCAACAACACCACCCGCGGGCUGCGGCUGCUCGCCUUGUUAUUGGCAUGUGGCGGGCUGCUGUCUGCGUUUAACUUGGACACCGAGGACGUCCUAAGGAGAGACGGGGACCCGGGCAGCCUGUUCGGAUUCUCUCUCGCCAUGCACCGGCAGCUUCAUCCGGAGGACAAGAGAAUACUGCUGGUUGGAGCCCCACAAGCCAAAGCACUGAAUGGUCAAAAAUCUAAUGUGACAGGAGGAAUCUACAAAUGUGAAAUGAGCUCCAACUCUGAUGCGUGCUCAAGAGUUGUCUUUGAUAAUAACGAGGAUUCAGAAAAUGAAAACAAAGAGAACCAGUGGAUGGGGGUGACAGUCAACAGUCAGGGACCAGGAGGCAAAGUUUUAACUUGCGCCCAUCGCUACAAGCGGCAGAGAAACGUCAAUUCUCCUCAUGAAUCUCGCGACAUCAUUGGCCGUUGCUAUGUGCUGAGUCAGGACCUAACUAUUGAUCCCAGUUCAAGUGAAGAUGGCGGAAGCUGGCAUUUCUGCAACAACCGGAACAGAGGCCACGAAAGGUUCGGCUCCUGCCAGCAGGGCCUCUCUGCCACAUUCGACAAGGACUUCCACUACUUCAUCUUCGGGGCUCCCGGAGCUUACAACUGGAAAGGCGUGGUACGACUGGAACAAAAGAAUGACACCUUAAUAGAUAUGGGCAUCUAUGAUGAUGGACCAUUCGAGGCAGGAGAUGAGACUGAGAAGAAGCCUGACCUGGUUCCCGCUCCUCCCAACAGCUACAUGGGUUUCUCUCUGGACUCUGGACAAGCUUUGACAAACAAGGGUCAGCUGACGGUGGUGGCAGGAGCUCCCAGAGCUUACUUCAGUGGAGCGGUGAUUAUGCUAAGGAAAGGUGGGGAAUUAAGCAGGAUCCUUGAUGAGGAGUUCACCCUUAAAGGCGAGGGCCUGGCUUCCUCUUUUGGAUACGACGUGACUGUGCUGGAUCUCAACGGGGAUGGCUGGGAYGACAUAGUUGUUGGMGCCCCUCAGUACUUUGAGAAGGACUCUGAGAUUGGAGGAGCUGUCUACGUUUACAUCAACAAGGCUGGAAAGUGGAAGGAYGUCAAACCAAAAAGAAUAGAUGGACCCGCAUAUUCUAUGUUUGGCCUCGCCGUGGAGAACCUUGGCGACAUCAACCAGGACGGUUACCAUGAUUUUGCAGUGGGAGCUCCUCAUGAAGACAGCGGUGCAGGCAAAGUUUACAUUUACCAUGGAUCAGCCAGAGGAGAAAUCACAGRCAAGGCAUCACAGGUUUUGUCCAGCAACUCUGCUGGAGUGAGRCAGUUUGGCUAUUCAUUAGCAGGCAACAUGGACCUGGACAAGAACUCAUAUCCAGACCUGGCCGUUGGAUCCCUCUCAGACUCUGUCUUUGUCUACAGAGCCAGACCAGUUGUAAACAUCCAGAAGAAAAUUACGUUUUCACCAAGUAGAAUCAACCUCAGCCAGAAGAACUGUGGCAACACUUUCUGUCAAAACAAGGUGGAAUUUAUUAAAGACGGAUGUGGCAACGAUAAUGUGUGUCAGAGCAACCUUAUGAUAGAAUAUCGCUAUGUCUACAGAACGACUGAUGUCGAUGAAUUCACUCCUUUGAACAUGGAGAAUGGCGUGCCAGUGUUCUCAUUCACCAGCCAAAAACACAUUGCCCUGGAGGUGACGGUGACCAAUCCACAUGGAGACGACGCAUACGAAGCUUCUGUGACUGCUAACUUCCCCAGUUCGUUGACCUAUUCUGCUUACCGCGUCUCACCAGAGAAACUGCAAGUCACCUGCAUAGCAAAUAAAAACGGAUCUAUGGCUGACUGUGAGCUUGGGAACCCGUUCAAACGUGACUCUGAGACAACAUUCUACCUUAUUUUGGGUACCGCGGGCAUCUCUGCCAGCACUUCUGAACUGGAGGUCGAACUUGUACUGAAAACGACGAGUACCCAGGAGAACCUAAUGCCCGUGAAAGCAAAGGCUAAGGUGGCCAUUGUGUUGCAGAUGUCCUUAUCGGGACAAGUCCAGCCAUCUCAGGUUUACUUCAGUGGGAACGUCAGAGGUGAGAUGGCCAUGAAGACCGAAAGCGACGUUGGCAGCGCAGUCGCRUUCCAGUUCAGGAUAGUCAACUUGGGAAAGAGACUGACAGARCUCGGAACUGCMACCCUCCAAAUAGAGUGGCCAAAGUCUACGAAGUAUGAAAAAUGGCUGCUCUACCUGAUGAAGAUCAGCUCCACAGGAGUGGAGCGAAUACACUGCACGCCCAACGAAGAGAACCUUCUGAACUUGGAACCARUUAAAACCAGAAUGAGGAGAGCAGCAGAAAUCACAGGGGAAAGGAUGGAUUACRCUUUUUCACGCCUAGAUCACAACAAGGAAACUUUGUCAUGUGGCGGCACAGCAAAAUGUGUGACCAUCAGAUGCGCUCUGGGGGGCCUGGACAGGAACGCACUCAUCACUCUGAACUCCCGACUGUGGAAUAGCACCUUUAUAGAGGACUAUUCCAAGUUCCAUCAUGUGGAGGUGGUGGUAAAGGCCUCUCUCCACGUUGGCAGYGCGACGACAAACACUAUGCUGAAGAACCCCGAGACAACAGUGAAACUGACCGUGUUUCCAGAGAGGCGUUCUGCUCGGUACGGAGGAGUGCCUUGGUGGAUCAUCAUGCUGUCCAUCCUACUCGGCCUCUUGCUGUUGGCUUUGCUGGUUUUCCUUCUUUGGAAGUGCGGCUUUUUUAAUCGUGCCAAAUAUGAGGACAAGGUUCCCAGUUACAGUGCUGUUCGGAUCAGACGGGAGGAGAGAGCGGUACAUUCUGCAAAAGACAAUUGGGGCAACUUGGAAACGAAGCCAUGGGUGACAACUUGGCAUGACAAGGAACACUAUUCCUAACAACAACAACAAAAAAAUCUAUCACCUAGUGAUGGAUCAGCAGAAUCCCUUUUUUUUUUUGCUGCCCCUGCCUUUGCACAUUGAGGACUUGUAAUGUUGAGAUAGAAAACUAAAUCAUUUGGAAAUAAGUCUCAAGGACUGAAUCAAACACUGUCGUUAAGUGACCUUGAUGUUCUUAAGCUAAAUGUAUAAGAUGGACUUUCUCAAAGGCUGUCUCUUAAGCAUUUUGAGCUUAUUCGGUACAUUCAGUGACGCCUAGAAAUAAUGGAAGUUAUAAACUUUUAUAGUGUUUUGUACAUUUGAAUGACUUGAACUGUUUGUAUUUAUUCUUGCAWGGAAYAUUUUGGUUUUUGUUUGAAGAGGUAUGCAAGGUAUGCUCCCGAAAGAUAACACAAAAAUUAUGUUUUCUGUAUAUAUAUACUCCCCCCCUACCCCAGUCCUCUAAGUCUGUCCCAGUGGUUGGCCUGUUUCCUCUGCCUUUGUUUGUACAUAUUCUGUAUCUUGAGUGCAAGCUGAAAACUGUAACCAGGCCACAACAAAAACCAUGGCGCCAUGGAAAGUGUGACAGGGACUUAAAUGUUUUUUUUUUUAAAUAAAUACUUUUAACUACUU